UCUGUCUUCAAAUGGUAAAAACUGAUUGUCUGCCGCACUGCAUUCUAAUGAAUCGUCAAUGCUCUAAUCAAAUCUAUUUACUUCUUACUGGAUCUUUUUAGAUCGUUUGAACGAUCCGAUGAAAUCUUGCAACCCUUUUGCACACGACAACUGCAUUCAGCACCACAUUAAAAUAAACCAAUGUCACCCCUGUCGCUGCUGUCACGCUCGUUCCUGACAACGUCGUUAAUACCCAGAUGACUUCAUACACCUAUAUGUCUUUCUACUGUAUCUGAAUCAGGGGGGACCGGGAAAAUACCAAGCAACAAAUAAUCAAGGAUCAACAGUUUGAUUAAAGGGUACAAUCAAAAUCCCAGCAGCACGAACCAAAAUUAGCAUUGGACCCCGUUGAGGUUAUCUGUGUCAUGCAGCAGAAAGUGUGCACACGCAACACAGCACUGUUUGUGAAGAACGGUGAGGCGUGUGGAGCCGGCGCUCCUCAGCAGUUCCCUUUCCGCUGCCCUCGAUGUGGAGAACACGAACGAUUUCAGAGCCUGGCAUCUCUCAGGGCUCAUCUGGAGUACAGACACCCGUUCCACACUAAUCACGUCAUCAGCCUCCUAUCCACAAGGGGGCGAUCCAACACAGACCUAGUGGAAAGUUGCAAAGGCUCAAAUUGUGACAAGUAUAAAGUCUGUAAUGCUGGGACAAAUACUAACUCAAUUGGAAGAGAUCACAAACUCAUAUGUAACACUGAUCCAACUCCAUCCCAUCAAUUACCUGGAGAGCAGAAGCUGACAUCUCCAGAGAGGAGCCUCAUAGUUGGGGAGGCAUCGGCUGGAGUCGGGCCCCUCUCGGCUCCGGUGGUGUCAGUUGAGAAAAGACUGGAGGGGAUGAUAAGGACCGCCAACAGCAGUAUGGAGAGGCGUCUACUACGGCUUAGCUCAGAGCUGGCUCAGACAGACACCGCCAUACUGUGUGAGCGUGCUCACUCGCAUCAUCUGGCCCAGGAAAAGCAGGAAGUUCUGGAGCGAGAGCGGGCGCUGAGCAGACAGGUGGAUGCUGCGGUCAUGGUGAUCGCCACCCUGCGGCAACAGCUUAGCAUCUCAGAGCAUGAACUGGAGAGGAGAGAACAGGAGGUUAUUACCAUCCAGAAGUUUCUGGAAGCAGCGGCGCACCAUGAGAUGUGUGGGAAAGUUCGAUUGCGACGGUUCAUUGAAGGUCUUCUGCGACGGAUUUCUCUUGCCGAGAGACUACUGGAAUAUUAUCAGAGCGCACCGCACAGGCAUUAUUGUACUGCUCACCCUGAGCCCGUUUUUUCUGAUCUAGGUCCACAGAGAUUAAAACACAGCAGAUCUUCAGGAGACCAUUUAGAGCAGGAUGAAGAGCAGCAGCUACUUGGUCAGUCUAGAUGGGGACUGUCUAAAUCUUCCGCAAGUGGACUGGGUUAUGACGACUGGUGCCAGAGAAGAAGGUCAGAUGGGUAUGAGGUUUAGAAACAAAGACUCACAAUGAAUGUACAUGCAAAUAACACAGUUUAAAAUAUGAGUUAAACAACUUUAAGUUAAUAUGAAAAUCCCAACCAACAACUUUAUCUGAGAACCUUUUUCACCAGUAUCAGCUAUAUUUUAGUAGAAAUACUAAAGUUUAGUUGUACUUACACCCACUUUAAUCCAUUAAAAAAUUAGUGCAUAUGAAAAAGUUUUACUUUUAUAUUUUUAAAUGUGAUUGUGGUUCAACCAUGAAGUAUUUUAAAGGUGGUGUGUGUACAUUUUAGUGCCAUCUAGCAGAUUGCAACUAACAGCUCACACCUUCAUUUCAAAACGCAUAUGGUAGCCGCCACACGAGCCACGACAAACAUGUCGUCGUCUAAGACAACGUAGGGACGAAACGCACUCUGUAGAACAGUUUGUCUGUUUAGGGCUACUGUAGAAACAUGAUGGCGACUUCCAUGUAAGAAGACCCACGGUGUAUGUAGAUAAAAACGGCUCAUUCUAAGGUAAUAAAAACAUUACAGUAAUAUAGUUAUGUAUAUUAUACUGCAUUUCUGUCAAGAGAUCCUUCUAAAAGUUACACAAAGCACCUUUAAUAAUGGAAAUGCACAUUGGUUAUACUCUGGACACUUAAAAUUAAAAUUGCCCUUUCAUUUAAAUAAUAUAGCUAGCAUAACAGGUUGCUACAGUACUUAAAGUAAAGCUUUAUAACCCAGGUAAAAAUAUUAUGUGUUCAAAUUUCGAGCAAAUACUACUGUUUAGGAAAAUGAAUGUAGUUAAAAAUUGAAGGUUGAUGUUAUAAAAGUGUAAAGCACAGGUCUGAUGUUAUGCCACUAUAAGCUUGUAGUUUGUUCACAAACUGUCUUCUAAUAGAAAAUGCACUGUUUCUGUAAAAAAAUACAAAUGUAGCAAAUACCUGUUUGUUUUUUUAAUAGUGGUGCUAGUAUGGGAUGAAUAUACUUUCUCUGCUUAAGUUACUCAACCUCAUUUGAAAUGUAUAAUAGGACAAUUUCCUUUUGUUAUAAAACCCGCAGCUAAUGAAAGAUGUAUAGAUGUCAUUAAGUGUUCAUAAAUUCAUUUGCCAGAGAAUUUGACAAAAGGUUAUAUUUGGAGCAAAAUCACUUACCUGUACAAUCUUUUUUGGCAGAAGGCAGAACUAUGAAAUAGUUUUGAGAAUGGGGUAUACUUUAUUAAGGAAAAAAUGUAAACUGAUUUGCAUGUAAUGUUUUCAAUUUAACAUAUGUCAAGCUUAUGUCCUUAAUUGCCAUUUUUUUCUCUGUAUGAUUACAACAGUAGCACUUACAGUAUAGUCAUCUUUGGCAGGACUGUAAAACUAUUCAGACAAAGACUAUUAUUCAAAGAAUAGGAAUCUUUUUUAUGUAUUUAAAGGGUACUCGUGCAUGAAUCUUCUAAACCAAAAGAGUGGAGAUACAGGGUAUUGCUUUGGGUUGAUAGUGGUACAUAGUUUAAAAAAAAUGUCAUCUAUGAAGGACAUGCACUUGUUUGGGUACACCAGGGGUACCCAAAGUAGCUCCAACACUAAUCAAACACACCCAAAGCAGCUAAUAAAGGUCUUACUAAGCAUACUAGAAAGUUCUAGGCAGGUGUGCUGAGGCAAGUUGGAGCUAAUCUUAGCAGGACACUGGCCCUCCAUGACUUUGGGUACGCAUUGGGUUGACACUGCAUUAGGUCCUAAGUGUCCAAACUGUUCAGAGAAAUGCUAGAUGGAUGCUUCAAAAACGUAUUUAUGCUGACGUGGAGUUGUUCAGAUGCAGGGUAGAUCUCAACCACAGUACCUUACUGUGUGUGCACACCACUAGCAACUAUGUAGCUGCGUGUCGCUAGUUUCUUUCAAUGAGGUCGUUAGGAGGCGUUCCUAGUAACAACUAUAAACAAAUGAGUAACCGUCCUCUCAGUAAAUGAGGAGAGAUGGAUGAUGUAAAUUCCUCUGCUUUACUCUCAUUGGUUGUUGCUUUCUAAAGUUGCUUGUCAUUUGCAUAAAGUUAAACUGUUGUUGCGUGGCUGGACAUGCCUACUUCCUAUCACCAAUGGUCACCUGAAAUCGCCAAGCUUUCAUUGAAAUGAAUGAGAUCGCUCCGCCGUUGCUAGUCGCUGGCGGUGUGCACGCAACUUUACUGUGCGUUCACACCAGACGCGGUCGAUGCUGCAAAAACCCGCUAUCCGUGGGUAGUUCGACGCUUGAACAUUUAGAGUUUACUCGCUUCAUUCGUGCGCGAAAUUCUAGUCAUUCGAGACAUUCACAUGGAAAUUCGCGUCAUGGGAGGGGCUUCUACGACUUUGCUCGCUUCCUGUAAUCACGUCACAACUAGAGCAAGCUCCUGAUUGGUUAACGCGGCACAAAUAUCUGUCAAAAUACAGAUUUUUCAACUUGCGCACCAUCUGCGCCGCGUGUUCUGCGUGUUCCACACCAUUUGCGCUUAACGUGCAGCAGGAUGCCUAUUCGUGUCUCUGCAUUGACUUAACAUGUAAAUCACUCGCGCUUGCUGCCUCUUCCGCGUCUGGUGUGAAUGCACCUUUAUUUAGUCUUCACAUGAAAACAGUUAUAGCUAGUAGGGGGCAUGUACUAACAUUUCAGCUCAAUCUAAAUAUUUACUUUAAAGGAAUGGUUCACCCAAAAAUGAAAAUAAAUAUUCUGCUCUUUUAUACAGUGAAAGUGAAUUUUAACUAAUCUACCAAGAUUUACAACAACCCAUUUUCAACAACCUACAUUUCAGUAUUUAAUGUAAAGAACAGAGAAACUCAAGACAUUCUGCUAAACUUCUCUUGUGGUGUUUUAUAGAAAUAUGAAAGUUUUAAAAUAAAAUGAUAAUAAAUCAAUUUCAUAACCAAUCAAUAAAAUUUUGGGGUGAACUAUUCCUUUCAUUUUUUGUAUCAAUUGGAUGUGACUAGC